ACGCGCUCCUCUCUGCCCCCGGCUUCCAGAACAAAAGGGGAAUCCAAUCCCGCAUCCGCCCCCAACCUCUUCGCCGUCGUCUUCCCCGCCUCCGUCCACCAGCGACUCUCAAACCCUCCCCUCCCCUCCAACAUGGCCGCGCCUUCGCCCUGGGCGAGCCUCUCACUGGACCAAAUGUCCGAGAUCGCCUGCCGCGUCCCGUGCGAAUGGGACCGCGCCCACAUGGCCUUCGUCUGCCACUCAUGGCGCGCGGGGCUCGCAGCUCCCCCGCCCCCGCCGCCACCGCUCCCGCAUCUCCUCCUACCGUCCGACGGCUUGAAUCGCGUCUCCUGCAUCCUCAGCGGCUCCAGCAUCCACCAGGAGUACCACGACAAGGUCGGCGCGCGCUACAUCGGCUCUGGCGACGGCGGCUACCUCUUCAUCGCCAUGGACCAGACUCGCCGCCACCGCCUCAUGGACCUCCACCAGCCAGGGUGGGUGCGCAUACUUCCCGACGAGGUCUGCCCCCGCCACGAUCCAUCGGUCCAGCACGUCCACAGGAUGGUCAUCCUCGCCGCCACCCCCUCAUCCCCGCCGGAUGUCGCUGGCUGCGUCGCCGCCGGCAUCGUCGCCUAUCAGCGGUACGUCGACGGCCCGCUCGAGCGCCGCUGCGCGUUCUGGAUCAUCGGCGAUGGGGUGGCCUACGAUACUAGGCCUCCUCACUGUACUGAAGCGGUGGAGGACGUCGUGUACCGCGACGACGGGUUCUUCCACUUCCUCACCGACGAGGAACACAUCCUGGCGUGCGCGCCGACCUUCUCUUCGGUUGGGGGCGACCAGCUGCGACGAGUAGCGUUAUCCUCGACGCUACGCCGCUGCGUGCCCAGGGACAGAGAUCAUGAAGGCAACGUUCGUGCUCGCUACCUCUUGGAGUCCCGCGGCGAACUGCUGAUGGUCGUCAGGUUCGCUCCCGAUCAUGAUUCGCCGACGCCGGGGUUCGAGGUGUUCAGCAGGAUUGGCCCGCUGCCGCUCGAGGACGACGGCAGCGGCGGCAUGAUCGGGCACCCCUAUAUCUGGAGGGAGCUGGACACGCUGGGUGACCGGAUGCUGUUCGUGGGGCGAGGCUGCUCCAGAUCCUACGAGACGGCUGAGUACCCGGGGUUCAAUGACGGCAUCUACUUCUUGGAUGAUCGGAGCUUCUACGACGAGUACAUCAUGUUUCGCGGUGUCAGUGAGAGGCAGUACCCCUGCAGCGACACCGGCAAGUGGACGCAAGGGCAGCCUCCCAAUGUCGAGUUCUUCUUCCCGGACCAGGUCCCUUCGAACCACUCUUCUCCGGCUUGGCUUCUCAUUUGAGACGACAGGUUUUUGUCAAGUACCCUCGAGAGGAUUAGAUUGUGAAUUCUGAUGUUUCUUGGUGGUGGAUCUUGUUAACCGUCCUGCUGAGUUGCCUGCUUACAGAUCCCAUUCAGAACGAGAUAAUUGUUCAAUUCACUUCAUCUAGCAUUCAAAUAUGUGUUUCAUUUACAGUA